UCACCUAAGUCGACUGUGUUAGUGACGGUGGAUCUAUCCAGCCGAACUUGUCCAAAAUUUCUUGUCAUGUUGACGUGAGAUUAUGAGAAAGUUAAAAACAGACAGUAUAAUUGAGUGUUCAUGUUGAUACUUACGUUCAUUUGGAAUACACUGUUUGUGAAUUAAUGGUUUGGCACUAGGCCAUUGAUCGUUUGAUGCUUAUCUUUGUGACAGGCAUCAGCUGAUGAUUUCAUUAUGUGCUCGUGUGUGAUUCAUUUGUUUUAUUGGCGAGUAGUGACUAAAAGUGCAAACAUUUUAAGAAAACAUAAUUCUCACUGAUGAAGCCAUUUGAAAAUAAAAGGUUGUCAUUCCUUAUACAUAAAAUCAAAAUCUGAGCUAAAUUCAAAUGCUAUUUUUGGAUUUUUUUAUCUGAAAGUAAUCAUGGGGUUUUGUGGCUCAAGAGAUGAUGCUUUAAGAGUGGACAAUGGGGUCUUACAAAAUGAAUGUUUUGUUGAUGUACUCAACAUUGUACCACAUGCGAUAUUUCUCUUAAUAAGCGUGUUUAUCCUCAUUGUUUGGAACCGGUCAGUGCUGGGUCAGCUUCAUGUAACAACAUGGGUGCACUAUCAUGGACACUCCCUCCGAUGGAUAGUCACCCUGAUACUGGUGUUGAGCUGUAGUGUGGGGAUCGGAGAAGGUGUGAUGUCAGAUUACAUGGACCAGGAUACCAUCAAUGUGCACACAUUCCUCCCACAAUGCCUGGCCCUGGUUGCAGCUUUGGGAAGUCUUGCCUAUUAUCACAAUGUAGAACAAUGGAACUCGCCAAGAUUUCUGCUCGUAUUGAUGGGAUACUGGUUAUCCAUGAUUGUCCUUAAAUUCUUGAAAGCAUUUUCUCUGUACAAAAAUGAUGUGACACAUGUUCACCUUCGAGUCUGGCUCACCUGGUUUGAUGUGUUCCUGUAUCUGAUACUGCUGGUAGUUGAACUCAAUGUUCUAAGAAUACAGAAGUAUGCAUUCUUCAAGACGUAUAUACCUGCCCACUCAUCAAAAGAUCUAGGGACAUCCAGGUAUAUACAUGACCAUGUCAACCUCAUCUCCAAAGUAACAUUUUGGUGGCUCAACUCCACUCUUCUUGAAGGCUACAAAACCCCUCUGGAGAUGGAGGAUCUGGGCCCAUUACCAAAGAAUGAGGGAGCUGUUACCCAGUAUGCUAAACUACAUGCUGCAUUUGAAGAAGAAAAGUAUAAAGCAUCAUGCAGAAAUCAAUCCCCUUCCUUUCACAAGACCUACCUGAGAGCCUUUGGACCAAUGUUGGUAUUUGCUGGAGUAUUGCGGUUUUUUGGUGUCCUCCUCUCCUUCGUAGGACCCUGGUGUAUAGAACACAUCGUUGACUACACGUACAAAGUUCAGUCUCCGACCAACAUCAGCCAGAGUGUCCCUCCCAUACAAACCUAUGGAGUAAACAAUUCCGCUGCAAACUCAACAGUCUUUACACAGCCCAAUACAAAGAACACCCUGUUGUAUGUGGAUGUGUCCAGCUUUUUCUCCAACGGUUAUGUGCUGUGUGUGAUCCUGUUUAUAGGCACACUGUUGGAACACACUAUGAUGCAGAACCAUCACUUUAUUGUCAUCAGACAAGGCAUUAGAUUAAGGGCUGCACUACAGACAAUGAUAUUUGGUAAAGCAUUAAAGAUGUCCAGUCUGGUCAUCAACAGUGGAAAGAUGACCAUUGGCCAGAUCAUGAACCACAUGUCCAUGGACACCAUGUUCCUCAUGUAUCUCUUCUUCUUCAUUCACUUCAUCUGGGGCGGUCCACUACAGAUUAUGAUUGCCCUCCUGCUGAUGUACUACAAACUUGGCUGGAGUGCUGUGAUCGGAGGGUCCCUGGUUAUACUGGCUGCUCCUCUCCAGUACUUCACCGGUAACGGUCUCUCAAACAUCCAGAAGAAAUGUAUGGCAAAAGCAGAUAACAGAGUGAAGAAGACCAACGAGGUUAUACAGGGUAUUAGUGUGGUAAAGCUGUUGGCAUGGGAACCAUUUUUCAACAACAGCAUAACUGAGACCCGUGCAGAUGAAUUGAAAUGCUUGUACUUCAACUCAAUAUUCAGAGUUCUAUUGUCUAUUAUUGGUGUUGCUGUACCUGCCAUAGGAACAAUGGUGGCAUUUUUGAUCCACCCCUACCUAGAGACCGAGCCGUUUACUGUGGGGAAAGCCCUGUCCACCCUGUCACUGUUCAAUCUUCUACAAGUCCCAUGCUGGCUCAUCACUCACUUUAUCAACACCUUUGUCACAGCUGAUGUCAGUGUGAAGCGUCUAUUGCCGUAUUUCCUUGCUGAGGAGGUAGAGGGACCUGGUGGACGUGAUGCCAAGACUCACACACACAGCAUAGGGGUGGAGACAAUGGAUUUAGAUAGUAUGAAACUUGGACUGAUGGUGGAUAUAUCUAAUGGAACUAGGAAGACAAGUUCUCUACUGAGGAAAGAUGAAGAUACCAGCUCCCUCAGCUCACUGGAGAGUACAUACUCCCGAACACCCAUGCACAGUCGCCAUGGCAGUCGAGCCUCACUUCUGGACACGCAUGAGCCCAACAAGCGUGCCAGCAUUGGCAGAACGUCAGCAGGGUCAGUGCUGACAGUGUUGGAGCCUACUGAGUCUGGCAGACGCCGCCACACAAGCGGUGUAUCCACAGAGGAUGAGGAUGAUGUGGCUGAUGUUACCACGGUAAUAGAACCUCGGGCAACAGUGGAAGUCAACCAUGGCAAUUUCUCCUGGGAGCUGGAAAGCAAGGAAUUGUCGCUGAAAAACAUAGACAUCAAAAUACCGUCAGGAAAGUUGACAAUUAUUGUUGGUCCUGUAGGAUCUGGAAAGACUUCGUUGUUAUCUGCAAUAUUAGGAGAAAUGAUCACCGUGUCCGGAACAGUAGACUGGAAUAGAGGAACAAGGCGUGCCUAUGUAUCCCAGAAACCAUGGUUACUGAAUGCCUCACUGAAGAACAACAUCCUGUUUGGACAGCCAUUCCAGUGGCGAAGAUACAACAAAGUUUUACAGGCAUGUGCUUUACAGCCAGAUAUAGCCAUGCUGCCAGCUGGGGACAGUACGGAGAUAGGAGAAAAGGGUGUGAACCUCAGUGGAGGACAGAAACAACGAGUCAGUAUCGCUAGAGCUCUUUACUCCAAAGCUGACACUAUAAUACUGGACGAUCCACUAUCUGCUUUGGAUGCCCAUGUAGGGAAGCAUGUUUUUGAGAUUGCUAUACUGAAGCGACUGUUGAGGAGGAAAAGGACGGUCAUCCUUGUCACCCAUCAUCUCCAGUACCUCAAUCAUGCUCAUCAUGUUAUAGCUAUGAAGGAAGGGAGUAUUCAGAACCAAGGAAAGCUGGCAGAUGUUAAGAAGGUCAACCCAGACCUGUACGAGUCCUGGAGACGGGCACUAAGGGACUUCAAAUCUACACAAGAACCCAGCCAGAAAGAACCACUGGGAGCAGACAACAAGGAGGUACCAGAACACACAGAAUCGGACCUGGCUAUGGCGUCAGAAAAUCUCCUCAAACCUGAGGGUCACCGCCGUCCAUCAGGACAGAUGAUCGGAUCUUUGUCACAUCGACGUCUGUCUACACAGCUUUCAAACAUGGAGGAGGAAACCACAAGUCAAGAAGCCAUUAACACUGAGGACCACAGUCAUCACAGCACGGGCAGAGGUAACCAUGAUACAGGCAGAGGUAACCAUGACACUGGCACAGGUAUCCAUGACACAGAUACAGGGAGCAAAACAGAUGCUGAAUCGUCUGGAAAGCUGAUUAAGAAAGAGCAUCGUGAAAUUGGGGCAGUUGCUAUGGGUGUGUACAUGAGCUAUAUCCGCUCGAGCUGCCCUCCUCUGGCAGCUGUAGUGCUUCUGAUUUAUGUGAUGUACCAUGCCUGUUUCGUGGCCAGUAACAUGAUUCUGGCUUCAUGGACAGAGGCAGUCACAGACUUUCAAGUCAGGAAACAAAUAUCAAGCAACAGCAAUGAGACAUUAGAUAACGGUCAAUACAUGAGAAUGUACUCCAUACUAAACCUAACAGCCAUCGGAGGUGCCAUGUUAGCCAGUGGUCUCCUAUAUGUUGCUGGGAUUCAGGCCUCUAAAGUGCUCCACUCCACCAUGCUAGAUACCAUUCUACAUGUACCUAUAAGGUUUUUUGAUACCAAUCCAACAGGGAGAAUUCUAAACCGGUUUUCAUCAGACAUGUCACAAAUUGAUCAGAAAUUACCGAACACGCUCGAAUCCCUGAUGAAAUGCUUUUUCCUGACAAUCUCGGCACUUAUUGUGAACAGCAUCGGCACGCCAUACUUCCUCCUGGCGGCCAUUCCACUCCUCGUUCUGUAUUACUGUGUUCAGACAUUCUUCAGGGCAACUUCAAGAGAGCUACAAAGAUUGGACAAUUUAACAAAGUCUCCAAUAUUUUCACAUUUCUCGGAGACACUGAAUGGCAUACAGACUAUUAGAGCGUACAAAGCGGAGGGUCAGUUCCAGUGUCAAGCCAUACAAGCUAUAAACAACAACACAACACCUCUGCUAUUUAUACACUCUGUCAACCGCUGGCUCGGCAUCAGACUGGACUAUAUGGGUGCUGUUGUGGUGUUCCUGGCCGCAGUGUCCAGUCUUACUGCUUGUCUUGCCGGACAGGCCACUCCUUCCUCUGUGGGACUCAGUAUUACUUAUGCCUUACUUGUUUCUUUUUAUUUGAAUUGGAUAGUGAGACUUUCAGCAGAGACAGAAAUGAUGAUGAAUUCUGUAGAGAGGGUUGAUGAGUAUACACGACUGGACACAGAGCCUGUCAGACAUCCGGAAGGUAACCUGGUUGUAGAUAAGGCCUGGCCGGAAAAUGGAGAGAUAGAGUUCCGCAAUGUCAGUCUGCGAUAUGAGGAGAACCUCGACCCAGUUGUCAACGAAGCUUCCUUCAUUUUACAAGGAGGAGAAAAGAUUGGAAUAUGUGGUCGGACAGGAAGUGGUAAGUCAUCCCUCCUACUCAGCCUUUUCCGGAUGAUUGAUAUCUGUCAUGGCCAGAUCCUGAUUGACGGGAAGGACACAAUGAAAUUGUCACUCCCAGAGUUGCGGUCCAGACUCGCCAUUAUUCCACAGGACCCAGUACUGUUUCAUGGAACAAUCAGGUACAACCUUGACCCCAAGGGUGAGGUUAGUGAUGAGAGGAUAUGGUUGGCCCUGGAAACAGUACAGCUCAAGGACACCAUUUCUGCCUUACCGGAGGAGCUGGAUUCCUCUGUAUCAGAGGGUGGAGAAAACUUCAGUGUUGGACAGAAACAGCUUUUUUGUCUGGCUCGGGCGUUCCUUCGAGAAAAUCAGAUUCUGAUUCUAGAUGAGGCAACAGCUUCCAUAGAUCUGGAGACUGACAGCAAACUACAGAAUGUGAUAUCUACGGCCUUCCAGACCAGGACAGUCAUCACUAUAGCUCAUCGCAUAUCAACCAUACUGAAGUAUGACAGAGUGCUUGUAAUGGACAAUGGACAUAUAGUUGAGAUUGACACACCUAACAAGCUUCUGGAGGACACAGACUCACACUUCUAUGCCCUCGUCCACCAAGCUAAAAAAUAGUCUGUUAAAUGUUGGUAUUUAUAGGCAAAAAAUGUAACUUAUAGAACAUGUCAAUCAAGAUGUGGGCGUUUCCUCUGUACCCAACAAAAUACCCCAAAAAAUGAAAGUGCUAUAAGGAUUUUACAAAAUGAAAGUACAUGUGUACUAUACAGAUUCUUUAUCAUUGAGUACACAAUCUCACUAACCUGCAGGACAACUUUUGACAUGUUGCCAUUUUAUAGUGUGUACAUGUGGUAUGAUUUUAUAGUGUGGUAUGAUUUUAUAGUGUGUAUGUGCGGUAUGAUUUUAUAGUGUGUAUGUGUGGUAUGAUUUUUAUACCUUUUCAUUUAUAUACCAUAUGAGCUAAUGUCAUAGUGCAUCGUCAUCUGUUAUUGUUAUCCAUCUCUCUGUUUUUUUCAUUCAAAGACUCUUCCUCAAGAAAUCCUGGGGCCCUAUUCAUGAAACUGUUCUCAAUUUCAAGCAUGGAUUCCGGCUAAUACCAACUUUCUUAUUAGUUGCUUAACUUACAUUGUAUGUCACACAGUCAAAAAGUCAAGUUUAGACAUUGAAAACAGUGUUGGGCUUUAAGUCUCCCCAAAAUUCUUCCAAAUAAUUGACAAAAUGUGAUUUUUCAUCGAUUUAUCAUCCAAACAAGAUAUUGGGCAGGGGCAGAGAAUCUGAGUUUGAACAUGAGAACGGUUUUGUGAAUCUAGGCUCUGGUCACAUAGGGAUUACUUUAAUUUGUAUAAGUCACACUAAAAUCGGUCAUGAUCUAGGAAAUGGGGUAAAUCUAUGACUAGUUAAGAAGUAUUUGUAUAUAACAUCACUUGAGGAUAAUCAGCUGUUUGAACAAUGAGCAGUACAGGCCCCAUUGGUCUGUGGAUUCAAUAGUGUUGUUUUUUGUCAAAAGUGUUAUACAAUAUUGCCUAGAAUGUGUCAGAUCUCAUGCAUUUAGACAUCAUGGAAUACAUCUAAUCCCAGUCAGACUUACUAAAGUCUGUCUCUUCACUUUCAGACAUCCUAGAAAAUGUCUGAUCUCAUUCAGACAUCUACGAAUGUGUCUGAUCUCAUUCAGACAUCCUGGAAUGUGUCGGAUCUCAUUCAGACAUCUAAGAAUGUGUUCGUUCCCUAUCAGACAUCUAAGAAUGUUUCUGUUCCCUAUCAGACAUCUAAGAAUGUGUCUGUUCCCUAUCAGACAUCUUAGAAUGUGUCUGAUCUCAUUCAGACAUCUUAGAAUGUGUCUGUUCCCUAUCAGACAUCUUAGAAUGUGUCUGUUCACUUUCAGACAUCUUAGAAUGUGUCUGAUCUCAUUCAGACAUCUUAGAAUGUGUCUGUUCCUUUUCAGAUAUCUUAGAAUCUGUCAGUUCCACUCUGGACAUUUAAGAAUGAUUCUAAUCCCUUUCAAAUGUCUCUGUGUGUAUAAAAUCAACAGUUUGAGUAAUGUCCAUGUUUAUGUGUUGUUUCCUAUACAGAAAGCUUCAGGUUUACAUUGGGCUGUGAUGUUAUUUUCCUUUUUAGCACUUUCAUUUGAAUUUGUGGGAGGUGAGGUUUGGGGAGGGCUUUCAAAGUCAUGUUUGCUUCAGCAUUGCCAUGCUAAAGUUUUGGCAUAAAUGAUGAUAUUCAUUAAUUCAGCCUUCACUUUUAGAAUGUUGAUAUUUAGCAUUGAGGUUCCCAGGGGAUCCAACAUAGAUACAUCAAAUAAACACCACACACACACACACACACACACACACCACAAUUUUAAGUAUCAAAGGAGGCACGGUAG